UAGCUUGACGCUUGUGAAAAAAAGAGGGGGGAGGUAAGUAAUUAUUUAGGGGGAAGAAAGAAAGAAACAAAGUUGUCGACCGUGCAAUGCACACGGGGAGGGAUUUUAUUUAUCUCGAGCGACUCGUUUAGUCCAGCACCGGUCCGCUGGGAUGUAACUGUAACGGCGCACCGGUUUCCCUCAUUUCCUUCCUACUCUCCAAACUUGUCCGCUACUAUUUCGCCGAGUCCCGGACAGGAUUUCUCCUUUGGAAACGGGAAUGAUAAAAGCAGUCGAGUCGCACAGGCGGACGGACGGACUGAGGGGUCUAGCGAGUGCCGUGUGUGUUUCCCGUUUACGUUAAUGAAGUUAUUUUAAUUUUCCCGAGCACAUUUCGUCCUGGGAUGAAUGGCAGAAGUCGGAAAUAAAGAAGAAUUCAAACGGAGAGACACCUCCACACCGCACUGGAUAACCAAGACAUCAAACCGACUUUAAUUAAGUAUAUUUCAGACUCUUUAACUAACCGUGAGGAUGCAGAUGUGCGGAGCCACAUGAGGGUCCACAAAGGAGGCCCUCCACGACCAUAGGUCACGCUGAAGUGUCCUGGAUGUAUGUGUCUCCUGUUUCCUGGCUGCAUUGACUUGAACUGUUUGUAACUGUCUAAUAAUCCAAUGGAUUCUUCCUCACCACAGCCUACCUGUGCCUGUGGACUCUCCACAUGAGGGCAAACCAGAUGACUCAGAGGACAAUGUCAUAAAGUCUUAUUUAUCUGUUUUGUAUUUAUUCUGUGUAUAUAAGGGUCCUUUUUAAGCUUUGUGCUAGUUUCAAGGCCAGUUUUUGAUUUAUUUGUGAGAAUUUAAAAGCUACUACUUCAUCUGUUGUAGUGAGAACUGUAGAUUUACUUGAGCAUCUUUGUUCUGCUAUACAUCUACCCACACUGUAAUUUAAAGGGGGAGCUGUAGGACUUGACUUUGCCCAGGCAGGUAAAGACACGAGAGGGGUUCAUCAUGGACAAGCCAAUAAGCAAGUUGUUGGAGAAGUUAAAGCUAACGGACUCGGGGAGUGUGAAAUUCAACAGUUCAAGGAAAAAACAUGACUCUGCCAACAACUCUAAUAACAGCAACGCCAACGCUGGCAUCUCCGGAGGCAGCGGUGGGGGCAGCGGUCUGCCACCAGCUCCCAGCGCUGCAGCUGCCUCGCCCUCAAGACCCGGCCAGUUCUCGCUUGCCUCUGCAACCACAAGCGAUGCAUGUGUUCCAGCGAGUGGGAGAGGGGGAGGAGGAGGAGGAGGGAUGGGAAUGCCUCCCACUCAGCUCCUCACCCCACCGCCAUCUUCCUCCUCAGUGGGUGCCGUACCUCAAGAUGGCGAGCAACAACUUCACCCUUCCACCUUGGCACCACUGAGGCGCCGCUCCCCCCAGCAGCGGGCUUCCUGUUACCUGGGUGAAGGCGUGGACUCCCACCUGAGGCGUGAGUCUGGCCUGGGCCCUGAGUGUGACCCUCUGGGAGCGUUUGGCUCCAAGGCGUCCCUCAAUCAACGGCGCUACUCCCUGGAGCUCCAGCAGCUGGUCAGAAGACAGCAGCUCCUCUCCCAGCCACCGCCCCUCUCUGUUCCCCCGCCGUACCCAGCCUCCUCAGGGUAUGGGUCAGCUCCCAGAGUUGGUGGAGGCGGCCUGGCAGAGCCUGGCUACCUCUCGGAGCCAGAGAGGCACAAGCGCCUCUCUCUCCAGGAGGCUCUGUUCUACAAACGCCUGAGCACAGGCAGUGAACUGUGGGAGAGCACCAGGCCUGCAUCCCUCUCCCAUCCACCACAUCGCACAUCUGAUGUGACUGGAGGAGGUGUUGGAGGGGGAUUCUUUUAUCCACCAGGACCUACCCUGAGCCCAUGCUCGUCAUUCAGCCUCCAGGAGUCGGUGCUGGUCAGCCCCAGGUCCAGCUUUGCCUCCAGCACCGCCAGUGGCGGCGGAGGAGGAAGCCCAAUGGGCAGCCGAUGCAGCAGCAACCGGACCAGUGGCAUCAGCCUGGGCUAUGACUCUCGCUACUCUGCCUCUGGAGGCCUCCCUCCACAGCAGCAGUGCCCCUCCAUGCAGACAGGGGGCUCUGCGGCUGGUUAUGGACCUCCAUGCAGGGCCGGAGUGACCCCUGUGGAGGCCUGGAAUCAAUACCUGGAGGGAGGGAUGCGUCCAGGGGCCCAUGACAGCCGACACUCCUACCCACCCGCUGUUGGGAGUCCAGGAGCAGCGUGCUACCAGGCUGGCCCGGAGUGGUGGGACGAGCAGCAGGCAGGUGUGAGAGGCAAAGAGGGGGCUGUGAUGGGGGACAGGGCCCGAUACUCGGACCUGCCUGGCACCCGGUACCAGGAAGAGCUCACCCGACUUCUACUGAGAGAUGCUGCGCUGACAGGCGGGGGGCUCCUGGAGGGCCUGAUGCUCAAGGAUCAGUCGCUGGCCCUGACGGCUCUUUCCAAACCGAGCACGACAACACUGGGGCCUUGCUCAGCCGGAGGGCCAGUCAAACCUCAGGAGGAUCCAGGAGUCGGAGCUGGGAGGGAGGCCGUGGAGAACCGCCAGGAGUUCUUUGGGACCUGUGUAAAGUGUGGGAAAGGCGUGUACGGGGCGGAUAACGCCUGCCAGGCUCUGGAUAGCCUCUAUCACACACGCUGCUUCACCUGUGUGUCCUGUGGACGCACCCUGAGAAACAAGGACUUCUACAAUGUCAACGGCUCUGUGUACUGUAAAGAGGAUUAUAUGUUUUCGGGAUUCCAGGCUGCUGCUGAGAAGUGUAGCGUGUGUGGCCACCUCAUCCUCGAACAGAUCCUGCAGGCUCUGGGGAACUCGUACCAUCCCAGCUGUUUUCGCUGUGUGGUUUGCUCCAAGGUUCUGGACGGGGUGCCUUUCACUGUGGACCAUCACAGCAGCAUCUACUGCGUGGCGGACUACAACAAGGCUUUUGCUCCGAAGUGCGCCGCCUGUUUACAACCCAUCUUACCUACUGAGGGUAGUGAGGAGAUCCUCAGGGUUGUGUCUAUGAACAAGGACUAUCACUUUGAGUGCUACCACUGUGAGGAGUGUGGUAAGCAGCUCUCAGAUAAGCCUGGCUCGCAGUGCUUCCCCCUGGACUCUCAUCUCCUCUGCCACUCCUGUCACAUGAGCAGAGCGUGCGCCACACACAACAUUCCCCCUCACAACACACACUGAUCAGCGUCUUUGCAGCUGCUGAUGUUAUGAUAAAGCUGGUCUUGACAUGCUGUCACUCUCUCGUGUGCUUUCUGCUCGGUCUUUCUCUCAAGAUGAAACUGCUGAUGUUCAGACAUUUCCACUGAUUCACUCUGUCUCACAUGUACUGCCUGCUGUACUUGUUGUACCAUUACUGUACCAUAGUUAUAAGGGAACGGGAAAGAAACUACUGCUUUUUUUACCCCAAUGUGGCUACUGUUUGCUGUAGAAGAACAAGGGAUUUUUUUUGCUAAACUGUUUUGUACAUAUAUUACCGCUAGCAAACAUUUUGCACUUAAAUUUGACUUUACUGUAAGAGAUUUGUUUCGUGAAUCUGUACAAUUUGGGGAAAAACAUUACUGUAAUUUCUGUAUGUUGUAAUAAAUAUUUUCAUUUGUGUUCAGA